ACUUCAUCUUCAUUGACUUACUCACUCACUGCUCUCUGCAAUCUCUCCUUGUCUUUCAUGGCGUUUUCUUCUCUGUUUUUUCUGAUGAUUUCAGCUGUUUCGUAGUAAUCUGGAGCUCUUGGGUUUUGGGAUUUUUGGGUUUUUCUCUUUUUAUGUCUUCUGGUAAAGAGGGAACUUGAAGUGGGUAUUUGGUUGGGGGAGAAGAGAUGGCGUACAGAAGAGGGUCUGAGCAGCAACCGCCGAGGCGGAUUAUGCGGACUCAGACUGCAGGAAAUUUAGGGGAGGCGAUGAUGGAUAGUGAGGUUGUGCCAUCAUCAUUAGUCGAGAUUGCUCCGAUUCUUCGUGUUGCCAACGAAGUUGAAUCCAGCAAUCCAAGGGUUGCUUAUCUUUGUCGAUUCUAUGCAUUUGAGAAAGCUCACAGAUUAGAUCCCACAUCAAGUGGACGUGGUGUUCGACAAUUUAAAACUGCACUUCUUCAACGCUUAGAGAGGGAAAAUGAAAUUACACUUGCAGGAAGGGCGAAAAGUGAUGCUCGUGAAAUGCAAAGUUUUUAUCAACAUUACUACAAAAAAUAUAUUCAAGCUUUGCAGAAGGCUGCUGAUAAAGCUGAUCGAGCUCAGCUUACAAAAGCGUAUCAAACAGCUGCUGUUCUCUUUGAGGUCCUGAAAGCUGUCAAUCUGACAGAAUCUGUUGAAGUUGCUGAUGAGAUUUUGCAAGCUCACACUGAGGUCAAGGAAAAGACGGAGCUAUAUGCACCCUAUAAUAUUCUUCCUCUUGAUCCCGAUAGUGCAAAUCAGGCUAUUAUGAGAUUCCCUGAGAUUAAAGUUUCUGUUGCUGCACUUCGUAACACCAGGGGUUUACCAUGGCCCAAGGGUUACAAGAGGAAAGCUGACGAAGACAUUCUAGACUGGCUUCAGGCUAUGUUUGGGUUCCAGAAAGAUAAUGUGGCAAAUCAAAGGGAGCACUUGAUUCUGUUGCUAGCAAAUGGGCACAUAAGACAAUUUCCAAAGCCUGAUCAGCAACCAAAGUUGGAUGACCGUGCAGUGACAGAAGUGAUGAAGAAACUUUUCAAAAACUACAAAAAAUGGUGCAAUUAUUUAGGUCGCAAGAGUAGUCUCUGGUUGCCAACUAUUCAGCAGGAUGUGCAGCAGAGGAAAUUGUUAUACAUGGGUUUAUAUCUUCUAAUAUGGGGGGAAGCUGCAAAUUUAAGAUUCAUGCCCGAAUGCCUUUGCUAUAUAUACCAUCACAUGGCAUUUGAAGUAUACGGGUCACUGUCUGGUAGUGUCAGUCCCAUGACUGGUGAAAAUGUAAAGCCAACAUAUGGAGGAGAAGAGGAAGCUUUCUUAAAGAAAGUAGUAACUCCAAUCUAUGAAACGAUUGCGAAGGAAGCUGAAAGGAGCAAAGGUGGAAAAUCAAAGCAUUCCCAAUGGAGGAACUAUGAUGAUUUGAAUGAAUACUUUUGGUCGAUGGACUGUUUUCGGCUGGGUUGGCCAAUGCGUGCUGAUGCUGAUUUCUUUCGUCUGCCUCCAAAACAGUUUAACUCUAGCGAAGAUGAGGAGAAAAAACCAGCUGCUAGAAGAUGGAUGGGAAAAAUAAAUUUUGUUGAGAUACGCUCUUUUUGCCAUAUAUUUAGAAGUUUUUAUAGAAUGUGGAGCUUUUACAUUUUAAGUUUACAGGCAAUGAUCAUAAUCUCUUGGAAUGGAUCGGGGAAACUAAGUUCCAUACUUGAUGGUGAAGUUUUCAAAAAAGUGAUGAGCAUCUUCAUAACUGCUGCAAUAUUAAAGCUUACUCAAGCUAUUCUUGAUGUAAUUCUGAGCUGGAAAGCAAGGAAGAGCAUGCCAUUCUAUGUCAAGCUAAGAUAUUUGUUGAAGGUUGUUUCUGCAGCAGCGUGGGUGAUAAUUUUACCAGUAACUUAUGCUUAUAGCUGGAAGAAUCCUCCUGGGUUUGCACAGACCAUCAGGAAGUGGUUUGGCAAUAGUCCAACUUCUUCUUCUCUGUUCAUUUUGUUCGUCUUCAUUUACUUAUCCCCAAACAUGCUCUCUGCAUUGUUAUUUCUGUUCCCAUUCAUUCGCCGGUAUCUUGAGAGAUCAGACUAUAAGAUUGUGAUGCUCAUGAUGUGGUGGUCUCAGCCUCGGCUCUAUGUUGGGAGGGGAAUGCAUGAGAGUACACUUUCUCUCUUCAAGUACACCAUGUUUUGGGUUCUAUUGAUGAUGUCAAAGUUAGCAUUCAGUUACUUUGUAGAGAUAAAGCCUCUUGUGGGUCCAACAAAAGCCAUCAUGGAUGUUCACAUUACGAAGUACCAAUGGCAUGAGUUCUUCCCUCAAGCCAAGAAAAAUGUUGGUGUUGUGGCUUCACUAUGGGCUCCAGUUGUUCUUGUCUAUUUUAUGGACACUCAGAUUUGGUAUGCAAUCUUCUCCACAAUAUUUGGAGGCUUAUAUGGUGCAUUUCGGCGUCUUGGAGAGAUUCGAACAUUAGAAUUGCUGAGGUCUCGAUUUCGGUCACUACCAGGAGCUUUUAAUUUCCGCUUGAUUCCAGUAGAAGAGAAUGAGAAGACUAAAAAUAGGGGAUUAUUGGCCACAUUAUCUCGCAAAUUUGAUGAGAUCCCAUCAGAUAAGUCAAACCCGGCAGCAAAGUUUGCUCAGUUAUGGAACAAAAUAAUCAGCAGUUUCAGAGAAGAGGAUCUGAUAAAUGAUAGCGAAAUGAGCCUAUUGCUUCUCCCAUAUUGGGAUGACCCUGAUUUGGACCUUAUCCAGUGGCCUCCAUUUUUACUUGCUAGCAAGAUCCCCAUUGCAGUGGAUAUGGCUAAAGAUAUCAAUGGGAAAGAGUCAAAAGUCAGUGAGCUGAAGAAAAGAUUGCAGCAAGACGAGUACAUGCAGUGUGCUGUUCGUGAGUGCUAUGCCUCCUUUAAGAACAUAAUUAAUUUUUUGGUUCAAGGGGAACGUGAAAUGCUGGUUAUAAAUGAUAUUUUCAACAAAGUUGAUGAUCAUAUAAACAAAGACAACUUGAUGGAAUUGAAUAUGGGUGCUCUCCCUGACCUCCAUGAACUAUUUGUUAACCUUAUUGUAUUUUUGAAAGACAAUAACAAAGAGGACAAAGAUAAGGUUGUAAUUCUCCUACUUGACAUGCUAGAGGUUGUGACAAGAGACAUAAUGGACGAUCCAAUUCCGAGUUUGCUAGAUUCAACCCAUGGUGGAUCUUAUGGAAAGCAUGAGGGCAUGAUGCCCCUUGAUCAGCAACAUCAGUUCUUUGGUGAACUUAAUUUUCCAGUACCAGAUUCAGAAGCUUGGAAAGAAAAGAUAAGAAGGCUGAAUCUAUUGCUUACUGUCAAGGAGUCUGCUAUGGAUGUGCCAUCCAACAUAGAUGCUAAAAGACGCAUUUCUUUCUUCUCAAAUUCGUUGUUUAUGGACAUGCCUCCAGCACCCAAAGUUCGAAAUAUGCUUUCAUUCUCUGUCUUAACUCCUUACUAUAAAGAGGAGGUGCUGUUCUCCCUAAAAAGCCUGGAAGAGCCAAAUGAAGAUGGUGUUUCUAUAAUUUUUUACUUGCAAAAAAUCUUCCCAGAUGAAUGGAAAAACUUUCUUGAACGAGUCGAUCGCAACAGUGAAGAAGAUCUUAGAGGACAUGAAGACUUGGAAGAAAAACUUCGUCUAUGGGCAUCAUACAGAGGACAGACACUCACUAGAACUGUGCGAGGCAUGAUGUAUUAUCGGAAAGCUCUGGAGCUUCAGACUUUCCUUGAUAUGGCACAAGUUGAAGAUCUAAAGAAAGGGUAUAAGGCUGCUGAAUUAAAUUCUGAGGAACACUCCAAGAGCGAAAGGUCAUUAUGGUCUCAAUGUCAAGCAGUAGCUGAUAUGAAGUUUACAUAUGUGGUGUCAUGCCAGCAAUAUGGCAUUGAUAAACGAGCUGGUGAUCCUCGUGCCAAAGAUAUUCUGAGACUCAUGACAACAUACCCAUCUCUCCGUGUAGCCUACGUUGAUGAGGUUGAGAAAACUAGUAAAGAUAAAUCCAAAAAGACAGAAGAGAAAGUUUAUUAUUCAGCUCUUGCAAAAGCUGCUUUACCAAAGUCUAUCGAUUCUUCUGACCCAGUUCAAAAUUUAGAUCAGGAUAUUUAUCGGAUAAAACUUCCAGGACCUGCUAUUUUGGGUGAGGGAAAGCCAGAAAAUCAAAACCAUGCCAUUAUUUUUACACGUGGUGAAUGCCUGCAAACAAUAGAUAUGAACCAGGAUAAUUAUAUGGAAGAAGCCUUCAAAAUGAGGAACUUGCUGCAAGAAUUUCUUAAGAAGCAUGAUGGUGUUCGAAAUCCAACGAUACUUGGACUUAGGGAGCAUAUAUUCACUGGCAGUGUCUCUUCUCUUGCAUGGUUUAUGUCAAACCAGGAGAAUAGUUUUGUAACUAUUGGUCAGAGAUUAUUGGCUAACCCUUUGAGGGUUCGCUUCCACUAUGGUCAUCCAGAUGUGUUUGAUAGACUUUUCCAUCUGACUAGAGGGGGUGUUAGCAAAGCUUCCAAGGUCAUCAAUUUAAGCGAAGACAUAUUUGCAGGUAUCAAUUCUACGCUACGUGAAGGCAGUGUUACUCAUCAUGAAUACAUACAGGUUGGUAAAGGGAGAGAUGUGGGCCUUAACCAGAUUUCUAUGUUUGAGGCAAAGAUUGCUAAUGGAAACGGCGAGCAGACAUUGAGUCGUGAUAUUUAUAGGCUUGGACACCGAUUUGACUUCUUCCGGAUGAUGUCAUGUUAUUUCACCACUAUUGGUUUCUACUUCAGUACCUUGCUAACCGUGCUCACGGUGUAUGUGUUUCUUUAUGGCCGCCUUUAUCUUGUUCUGAGUGGUCUUGAAAAAGAGCUGAGUAAUAAGCCAGCUAUUCGGGACAACAAGGCUCUUCAAGUAGCUCUUGCUUCUCAGUCUUUUGUGCAAAUUGGUUUUCUAAUGGCUUUACCUAUGAUCGUUGAAAUUGGUUUGGAAAAGGGUUUUCGUAAGGCGUUAACUGAUUUCAUAAUAAUGCAACUACAGUUGGCCCCUGUAUUUUUCACUUUUUCUCUUGGAACAAAGACCCACUAUUAUGGACGGACAUUGCUUCAUGGGGGUGCAGAAUACAGGGGUACGGGUCGCGGCUUUGUGGUGUUCCAUGCCAGGUUUGCUGAGAACUAUAGGCUCUACUCACGCAGUCAUUUUGUUAAGGGAAUGGAAUUGAUGAUCCUGCUCCUUGUAUAUCAUAUCUUUGGUAGCUCAUACAAAGGCACAGUUGCAUAUAUUUUGAUCACUAUAUCGAUGUGGCUCAUGGUGGGUACAUGGCUUUUUGCUCCAUUCCUCUUCAAUCCAUCAGGGUUUGAGUGGCAGAAGAUUGUUGAUGACUGGACGGAUUGGAAUAAGUGGAUAAGCAACCGCGGAGGUAUUGGUGUAUCUGCAGAGAAGAGUUGGGAAUCCUGGUGGGAAAAAGAACAGGAGCAUCUCCAUCAUUCUGGGAAACGUGGCAUCAUAGCCGAAAUAUUGUUGGCCUUGCGCUUUUUCAUCUACCAGUAUGGGCUUGUAUAUCACUUGAGCAUUACCAAGAGCAAAAGUUUUCUGGUUUAUGGUAUCUCAUGGGUGGUGAUCUUUGGAAUUUUGUUUGUGAUGAAGGCUCUCUCUGUUGGAAGGCGAAGAUUCAGUGCAGAUUUUCAGCUUGUGUUUCGACUGAUAAAGGGUCUUAUCUUCCUCACCUUUUUUGCCGUUUUGAUCAUUCUAAUAGUAGUUCCCCAUAUGACAUUUGGCGACAUCUUGGUGUGCUUUCUUGCAAUUUUGCCAACUGGAUGGGGAUUGCUGCUGAUCGCACAGGCCUGCAAGCCUUUGGUUGUGAGAGCUGGAAUUUGGAAAUCAGUCAGGACACUUGCUCGUAGUUAUGAACUAUUCAUGGGCUUGAUUCUAUUCAUCCCAGUUGCCUUCCUGGCUUGGUUCCCAUUUGUUUCAGAAUUCCAAACAAGAAUGCUCUUCAACCAAGCAUUCAGCAGAGGUCUACAGAUUUCUCGUAUUCUUGGUGGACAGAGAAAGGACAACUCCUCCAACAACAAAGACUAAAUCCAUCCCCUUCUCGCGAAUUCUCCAAAUCUUUCCUGUACAACUCUUGCUCAUUCCUCAGAUCAUAUAAUCCUAAAAAUGUAAACUGUCAUAGCUACCUCCUUCAGUGUAAAGGUUCAAACUAUGAUCACUUCAUUGUGGAAACCGUGUUCUCUUUCUAAUGUCAAAAUGCAAAUGCCCUUCUAUUCCCA